GAGUCCGCACAGUCGGCUCCGGAGCGCCGGUACCGACAGCGCGGUGCCCGCUGAGGCCAUCCCGGUUCCGGGAAGCGCCUGUUCAGUUUCCGGGUGAGGGGUGAACGGGCACCCGCCGCCGCCGCCAUGGCCGCGGGGCAGGAGGCCGCGCUGCCCCCCGGCCCGCCGCGCUGGAGGCCCGGCCCCGCCCGGCGCCCGGCCCCGCCGCCCGCCUGAGGCCGCCGAGGAGCCGCCGAGCUCGCUUCGCCAUGCGCCCCUGAAUCCCACUGCUGCCCACAGAGGCCAUGGAGAAGAGGUUGGAAGCCAAGUUCAGCAUUAGCGCCCAAUUUCUGUCACGACACUGCCUGGGAAAGCCUGUGAGGGAGCUGAGAAGUCUGCAGCUGUUCUACCUGUGCACUUGCCUGUGUGCCUUGUGCUCCUCAGCAGAUGCAAACUGGAACAGAUCUAAAUGCGAGCUGGGGAAGAUCCUGUUUGGUGGCCGUUUGAGAUCGUGGGAAGAUCACCAUUUACAGCUUCUGGAAGGAUUUCAUACUUUACAGUCCUGUCAGACUGCUUGCUGCCAGAGCCCCACCUGUGAUGCCUUUUGGUUCUUGGAAAAUAUGUGCAUCCAGGUGAACUGCACUAUGCCUGGCAUGUGUCAGGCAAACAGAACUGGCUUUUCUGACUCUGUUUUGGUGUUUUUAAAGAAAUCAAAAAGCACAGAGCACUUCUUAAAGUUUCAAACAGAAAGUGAUGUGAAGACCUCAUUUCACAAGUGGUUGGACUGGGGCAUCCCUGUCCAGGGGAAAAAAAGACUGCGGAGGUCAUUCCAGAAGUGGAGCUUGGCAGGUGACAGGGUGGAAGUCCUGAAAAGGGAUAUAGCAGCAAGCCCCAGCAGCGAGUCGGCAGCCAGAGCAUCAGAUAGCAAAUCUAGAAGUAGCCGAAGUGAAGCAGAGCGCUUGAAGGAUCAAGUACUGAGGCGCUUAGUGGCAGACAAGCCUGUUCCUGAAGGCCAUACAAAUCAAAAGAAAGAGUUGACGGCAAGUAGACAGAAUCCAAGAGAACAGGAAACCAAAAGCCCGUUCCCUCCUCAAAGCAAUAAUGUGAACAGAUCAAGUGAUGUAGACGGUGUUGGCUUGCCACAGAUCCACACAGGAACAUCUGCACCAGAACCAUCAGUGCUGGCUACGUUCUCCAGUCCUGUAGCACAAGGCUUGACAGCCCCCGGGAAGACCGAGACACUUGGGCAGCCAGAUGAUGCUUUGGUCCAUCCUCACUCCUCAGAGGUGUUGCGCACAGUCAGCCCCACGCCGGGGAAAAGCACAACGAAGAUGCAGACGCCUACUUCUGUGCCAAGUGGUGUUCCCACAAACAGCAGUGUUUCUACAGUCCAGACCAACACUGCUGCGUCACCAAGUACUACUGCCACCACACCAGUUAUGAAGGAGCUGGUCGUUUCCGCUGGAGACAGCGUCGAAGUGACCCUGCCAAAGAAUGAAGUUCAGCUGAAUGCGUUUGUGCUUCCUGAACCGCCACAUCGAACCACUUAUUCCUAUGAGUGGGAAUUGAUUACUCAUCCAAAAGACUACAGUGGAGAAAUGGAAGGGAAGCACUCCCAGACCCUAAAGUUAUCUAAGCUUACUGUUGGCCUGUACGAAUUCAAAGUUGUCGUUGAUGGAGAAAACGCACGUGGAGAGGGUUACGUGAAUGUAACAGUAAAUCCAAAGCCUCGGGUGAAUCAGCCUCCUGUUGCCAUCGUGUCCCCACAGUUCCAGGAGAUUUCACUACCGACCAUUUCAACUGUUAUUGAUGGCAGCCAAAGCACUGAUGAUGACAAAAUUGUCAGCUAUCACUGGGAAGAACUGAAGGGCCCCUUGCGGGAGGAAAAAGUCUCUAGCGAUACCGCCAUAUUGACGCUGACCAACCUGGUACCCGGGAAUUACACAUUCAGUCUAACAGUAGUGGACUCAGACGGUGCCAGCAAUUCCACCACUGCAAACUUGACUGUGAACAAAGCAGUGGAUUAUCCUCCAGUGGCAAAUGCGGGCCCAAACCAAGUGAUCACCCUGCCUCAGAACUCCAUCACCCUCUACGGGAAUCAGAGCACCGAUGAUCACAGCAUUGUCAGCUAUGAGUGGCUGCUCAGCCCAAACAGCAAAGGAAAGGUGAUGGAGAUGCAGGGGGUGAGGACGCCAGUCUUGCAGCUCUCUGCGAUGCAAGAAGGUGAUUACACUUACCAGCUAAUAGUGACUGAUUCUGCUGGGCACCAGUCCACUGCAGAGGUCACUGUGAUAGUCCAGCCAGAGAACAAUAAGCCCCCAAAGGCAGAUGCUGGUCCAGAUAAAGAAUUAACUCUUCCCGUGGACAGCACCACUCUGGAUGGCAGCAAGAGCUCAGAUGACCAGAAGAUCAUCUCCUUUCUUUGGGAGAAAACACGGGGCCCAGAUGGUGUCAAGCUGGAGAAUGCCAACAGCAGCAUUGCCACUGUAACAGGCCUUCAGGUUGGGACAUACGAGUUUACUCUGACAGUUAAAGACGAGAGGAACUUGCAGAGCCAAAGCUCAGUCAACGUCAUUGUCAAAGAAGAGAUAAACAAGCCACCAGUUGCAAAGAUUGCGAGUAAUGUUGUCAUCACCUUGCCCACAAAUACAGCUGAGUUGGACGGAUCAAAGUCCUCUGAUGAUAAGGGAAUUGUCAGCUACUUGUGGACCCGGGAUGAGGGGAGCCCUGCAGCUGGGGAAGUCUUAAAUAAUUCAGACCAUCAUCCUGUCCUUCUCCUGUCCAAUCUGGUAGAAGGAACCUAUACAUUCCACCUCAGAGUAACAGAUGCCAAAGGAGAGAGUGACGUGGAACGGACCACAGUGGAAGUCAAACCUGAUCCUAGGAAAAAUAACCUUGUGGAGAUAAUUCUGGAUGUUAACGUCAGCCAGCUGACUGAGAGGCAGAAGGGCAUGUUCAUCCGACAAAUAGGUGUUCUGCUGGGGGUCCUCGACUCGGACAUCACUGUGCAGAAGAUCCAGCCGUACACCGAACAAAGCACGAAGAUGGUGUUUUUUGUACAAAACCAGCCACCCCAUCAGAUAUUCAAAGGACGAGAUGUAGCCUGGACGCUAAAAAACGAACUACGGAAACAACAGUCGGACUUCCUCAUCUUCAGGGCAUUAGAAAUUAACACAGUCACGUGUCAGCUGAACUGCUCUGAGCAUGGACGCUGUGACUCCUUCACCAAGCGUUGCGUCUGUGACCCCUUCUGGAUGGAGAAUUUUAUCAGGGUGCAGAUGGGGGACGGCGAAAGCAACUGUGAGUGGAGUGUGCUGUAUGUGAUCAUUGCAUCUUUCGUCAUUGUGGUUGCCUUUGGAAUCUUAUCCUGGAUGGUGAUCUGCUGUUGCAAGAGACGAAAAGGAAAAUCCAAAAGAAAAAGCAAAUACAAGAUUUUGGAUGCAACGGAUCAAGAAAGCCUGGAGUUAAAACCAAAUCCCAAAGCAGGUGGCAGACAGAAAGCCCAGGUCCUCAACACUAGCCUGAUGCACUCAGAGUCUGAACUGGACAGCGAUGAAGCCAUCUUCACGUGGCCUGACCGUGAAAAAGGGAAGCUGCUCCGUAGCCAGAAUGGCUCCGUGCGCAAUGGACAAGUGACGCUCAAACCCAAGAACCAGAGGGAGGAAAUCCUAUAGCUCCCCCCCGGUGGCCUUUUGCUGGAGUUCAGUGGGAAAGGCCACUCCUGUCCCUACCCCACAAGGGCCUUUGGAGGCCAGUUUGAUUAGGACAACGCUGCUAACUCGUUUCACAGAAAAUAACUUUGUUUUUGUGGGUUUCUUUUCAUUUAGUUAAAACUGGUUGUACUUGAAUUUGAACUUCAAGUGAAAUCAAGGGGAGGAGAAGGCAACUGUGAACCCCAGGCAAAGCGUCAGAAAAGGGAGAGCUGGCAUCUGGAGAGCGGCAGGACAGAACCACUCGGAGCAACUGUGAAUGUGCAGGACGCUCCUAGCCCACCUCAGACUGCAGUGGAGGAAACGCCCAGGGACUUCAGCUCACUUGCCUUGGGAGCUCCUUGGAGAAGGAAGGUCAAGGCUGUGCUUUGGGCUGUGCUUUGAGCUUCCUUCAGGCUCCAGUAGCCUACCACGGGCUACUUUUGCUGUCGGACAGCUUUCUCCUCUUUUACUUCCCCUUUCCCUUAUGGUUUAAACACUGUUUUAAUUUAGACUUGUCCUUUCACAUGCACUUGGCUGCUUUUGGAGUGUAGAGGAGGGGGAAUCUAAACACUAUGGCCACACUCCAUCAGUUUGCAGGUAUGAGAGGGUUUUGUAGCUGUUUGAAAUUAUUGUCAGGCUUUUCUCUGGGAGUGUUGAUGACACGGUGCCUGCUCAGAUGUGAAAAGCUGACCCGUCUGACCCGUCUGUGGUCAUUGGCUGGGCUAGGAGACCCCCUCCUGCAGCAAGCUCCCCUGCUGGGUACCAAACCCAGGAGGGGGCACCACCUUUGCUACCUGUGUCUAAUGUCUGGCUUAAUUCCAAAGCUGUGAGAUGUUGUUCAGUGGCCCCAGCACCGUCUGGUCGCCAAACCGUCCGUGAGUCUGGACAUUAACCAUAUCUCAGUUAUGAAAUGCAAUAUACUGUGGGUUUGGGUUUUUUUUUUUUUCCUUAAAAUUUGCACAACCCAGGCAAGCAGGAGUUGAUAUCUUCAGUUCCCAGCAGCUGCCUGCUCCCUCUGGCUGGUGCUUGGUGGCUUCAUGUUAGGAUGGCUGAAGAGCCCUGCGUGCUCCUAACACAGUGCAAAGUACACGCUUGGUGUCCUUUAGCUGGUGGAAAAGGGAUCUCUCAGUACCCGAGGGCAUCGCGUGGUGAGCACCGGCAGCACGGGGCCGUGUGUCGCUGCUGCCUGGGCUCUGGAGGCAGGCGUGGGGUGGUCCUUUCCCAUACCCGCUCCUUUAUCUCACUGUGCUGCUUUCAUGAGUUGCACCCCUGCCCUCGGGCAGAAAUCAGCCUCUUGCUGGCAUGAAGGAUGCCGCUGCUCCUCUGUGGAUGGGUGGGCAGUUUAUUGCCUUUCUUUGUGUUUAAUUUAAAAACUGGAAACUUAUUUCCCUGGCUUUUUUUUUUAGCUAUGGAAGCCAAAAGGCUUUAACAUCCUCAGUUGUAUUUAUAUUGCUGCACUACUGAUUUGUGUUGAGCUAGAUGAAGAUUAAACACUGUUGAAUGUGAGGGAACGUUCCCUCGCUCAAUGUA